AUGCAUCUCUAUGGCAAUGACUGGCGCGCUCUGGACAUGGAGCUGUUCCUGCCCAGGCUGAAGCUGCCGGCGUCUGAGACGUGUGUGCAGAGCGGAGAGAGCCAGAAGGGAGAGCGCCCCCUUGUGAGAGGGAGGCCUCGCCAGAGGAGACUGUCGCUGCUGCCCAUCCCUAUCAGCUCUCGAACCCAGCACCCACUGUCCCAGCCUGAGUCACAAAAGCUUGACAAGACAGUUGACAAAGCAAGCAGUGCCUCACUGGACCCUGACGCCACCUGGAGCCAGGGUAGGACAAGAGGCUCGUUGGAGCCCGAUGGUGCAGUCACCCUGCCUCUCAGACCAGCCAAAGCUCGCUCCCCUUCUCAGAGACCCCUGAAUGGGUUCAAACCCAUCCCUCCUAUUGAACCCGGAUCAAGAACCAAUCUUCCCAGCGAGCUAAGUUCCAAACCCAGUCCUCCGCAACCAUCCCUCCCAGAGAACUCUAAACCCAUUCCUCCUAUUGAACCCAGCUCCACACCCAGAUCCACACCCAGCUCUCCCAUGUCUAAUCCCCCAUCUGAACUUGGAUCCAAACCCACCCCCAUCAUAAAGCUGUGCCCAGACCCUGUGGUGGUGGACCGGGGAGAAGGGAAGGGGGGCAGUGCCAGUCGGUCUGGGGGUUUGGCAGAGAAACCCAGAGUCGGAGACUCCCAGGACAAACGAGAUGCGUCCCUUCCCUCUGGAACUCUCAGAAGGAGGAAGUCUCUGCUUCCGAUUCCCCUAUUGGGAGUUGCUCGUAGCCGCACGCCUUCUCCUCAUCCUCCCAGCCAAUCAGGAUGCAGCCCGGAGGUGUGCGCAGACAGGAGGUUGGUUUUCGCUGCGAGGAUGAUGGUGUAG